GGCUUUAUAUCUGCGUGAAAACAAAUCUCAAUUGAAGGCGAGCCAAGUCUCGCGAUGUCUUCCGAAAACGAGACUUGGGCUAAUCAAUAAACGCCAGUUUCCUACAACCCCACCUGUGGUCAAAUAAAGUCGUGUUUAAUAAUUGUCGCGUUCAUGUAAACAAUAACAGUGACCAUCGCCGGAUUAAAAUGGCUCGCUUCCGGAGCGGGGUGCCCCCUUGAGAGCGGGGUUCGUUGACGGGGCAACUUUCUCCGCGAGUGACGCGUAUGCGGUGGAAAAGCACACCGAGGGAGACGCCGUCAUGACCCGAAUGAACUCUGUUGUGCCUUGGUUGAAAUAACGCUUCGCCGCCAUUGAAGGAAAAAUAUCACACGUCGGGGGGUUGAAAUAACAUCUCAGGUGAAGACUUGAACCCCAAGUGUUUUAGCUAAAAGCGGGCAUCCCCCUCCCCACCACCUCCCUCCCCGGCGAUGGGCUCCGUGACUUCCGCCCUGACGAGGACACGCCACGCGCUGGUCAAAGUGGGCUCGGAGCCGGAGAGUCACGACCCGGAGAGGAGCCACUCGGCGCCUGAGUCUGCCAGGAAAAGGAGUCACAAGUCGCACAGCCAAGUCGCUCGGCACACUUCCCGGCAGUUGCUCGCGGAGGUGCUGAGCCGACAGGACUCGGACGGAGCCAAGAAGUCAGCCGAGGUCCACCCGAACAAACCGAGCGUGGCAAACGAAGAUGGAGAAAGCUCGAGUCGACCACAGGCCAGUUUUGCACGCUCCAAGUCCCAAAGUGCUUUAUGGAACGCCAUCACAGCAGGAAUGGGCAUCAAAGGCAAAGAGCAAAAGCCCCCCCAGAAUGACCCCCGGACUCCUGAGGAGAUUCUGGCAGAUGAGCUCCCCCUGACGGACGAGGCGGACGCCACUGAGAAGACGGCAAUCAGGCGCAAGUACAAGAAGACGUCCCAGAGAUUAAGAUGUCUGGUCAAACAGCUGGAGAGAGGGGAGGCUUCCCUUGCCGACCUCAAGAAGAACCUCGAGUAUGCGGCGUCCGUGCUGGAAUCGGUCUACAUCGAGGAGACGAGGCGUUUGGUGGACACAGAGGAUGAGCUCAGCGACAUCCAGUCCGAGUCGGUACCGUCGGAGGUGCGUGACUGGCUGGCCUCCACCUUCACGCGACAGAUGGGCCUGAUGCUGCGACGUAAUGAGGAGAAACCUCGUUUCCGAAGCAUCGUCCAUGCCGUCCAGGCGGGAAUAUUUGUGGAGAGAAUGUACCGACGCACCUCCAAUUUGGUGGGACUCAGCUACCCGCCUUCCGUUAUAUCUGUGCUGAAGAAUGUUGACAAGUGGUCAUUUGACGUGUUCGCUCUGAACGAGGCCAGUGGUGAUCACGCACUUAAAUUCAUUUUCUACGAGUUGCUCACCAGAUACGACCUCAUCAGCCGUUUCAAGAUCCCAAUUUCUGCAGUCGUGUCAUUUGUUGAGGCCUUGGAAGUUGGAUACAGCAAGCAUAAAAACCCCUACCACAACUUGAUACAUGCUGCUGACGUAACACAGACUGUUCAUUACUUAUUACUCAAGACCGGCAUGGUGCAUUGGUUAACUGAGUUGGAGAUCUUUGCCAUGAUCUUCGCAGCGGCCGUGCACGACUACGAGCACACGGGCACUACAAACAACUUCCACAUUCAGACAAGGUCCGACACGGCUAUCCUGUACAACGACCGCUCGGUGUUGGAGAGCCACCACGUGAGCGCGGCCUACCGCCUGCUGCAGGACGACGACGAGAUGAACAUCCUGUACAACCUCUCCAAGGAUGACUGGAGAGAGCUGCGCGCUCUGGUCGUGGAGAUGGUGCUGGCCACCGACAUGUCAUGUCACUUCCAGCAGGUGAAGGCUAUGAAGAACUUCCUGCAACAGCCCGAGGGCUGGAGUCAAGCCAGGUGUGACGAUAAGAAAAAGUCAAGGGGGGGGGCCCUGAGCGAGAGUGUGGUUUCCACUAGCGACCCUUGUGUUUCCCAGGGGGACAAAGAAGCGGAGCUCGGCCUUUCCUUCUCGCCACUCUGCGACCGAAAGUCAACAAUGGUGGCACAGUCCCAGAUCGGUUUCAUCGACUUCAUCGUGGUGCCCACCUUCACCGUCCUGAGCGACAUGAUGGAGCGCAUCGUCACGCCGCUCAUCGACGAGGCCUCGCACUCGGGGCUGGCGGGCUUCCGGCGCUCCAGUCUGAACAGUAUUAGCUCGGAGGAGGCCAAGAGACACUGCGUGAAGAGCAUGGCCUCCGACAGCUGCUCGUCAGGCCACAGCCCCCUGCUGGCCGUGGACAUGAAGAACUUCAAGGCACUAUGGAACGAGGAGGUCCACCAGAACAGGGAGCGCUGGAAAGCGCAGGCCACCAAAGAGGCGGAGGAGCGAGCCAAAAGGGAGGCGGAGGAGCGAGCCCAGCAGGAUGACGCCAUGGAGCCUCAGGAAGACGACGUCGACUCGGCCGAGCCCAAAGACAGCCAACAGGAAGCGGAAGACCAGGAGGCAGAGUCAAAGCCUGACGCUGAUGACGCGGACUUGCCGCCGCCUGGGGGCGUCGCACACAUGAGUCCCUCGCUGCAGAACGAUGGAUCUUUCGAUGGCUUAGGAGAGUUGCUCGAAGGCGCAGACUCUCCGGGAAGUGGAGAGGCCAAAAACACGGCGAUCGAUGGUGAGUUGACGUCAACAACCACAACCCACAAUUUCAAAUGUUGAAGUAUGCCAGAACCUCCAAACAUCCUUAAAGUGCUACAAUUUGCUGUUGUGCUGAAAUUCCUCCUGUCUCUGGUAUACACGGUAUAAUAAAAACUGAUACGAAAUCCAAACUCGGAACAGAUUGUGUUGAAUGUGCAAGGCUGCUGUUUAUUUUUUGCAUCUAAUUUAUUUGAUGAGUUUUA